AUGGUGAUUUUUGCUUCUCUCAUGCUGCUUGGCACGCUGCCUAAAAGGGAUUUUAUUUUUCAUGUUUCUUGAGGUCGUAUCAACUUCCAACCUCGCGCAGGUUGUCUCGUGACCACAUGAUUGCUCUUUAGAUACCUGGCGAGGUGAACAUGAAAGUGAAAACAGCUGUAAACCCAUGUGAAAACCCCUGGGCUGGUAGGCUACUCACUCACUGCUCCAGACAGUAGAGUUGCUCAGGUCGGGUUGGUUACCGCGACGGCACACCCUUUCCCCCUUACCUUCCAUAGAAAAUGGCAUGUUGGCUGUAAACAUAAGCUUUGCUCCUGUUCCUGCUGACUGCUGUGACAGGCACCAAAAGUUAAAGGCACUUUUAACAACACAUUCAACAGACAACUCCUUGCCUGAAACAAGGGACAUUCAAUGCCAAGCAGAGAUCAGAUGGCAGGGAUUGGGGAACCUGGGGACAUGGAGGAGGUGAAUGAAGCUCAGGGUCUAGAGGGGGACAGAUCCUCCCUCAAAUCCACUAUGGAGAGGAACGUGAAGACACAACCUGACGGCCCGGUGAAGGAGAAGAAACUGGGGAUGAUGAAGCAAUUCAGGGAGAGCAUCAAGCGGGUUGGAGAGAGGGGUCCUCUGGCCUCAAACAGCCAAGAGUCAAAGGACAAAUCCAAUUCAGAACAGGGGGGACAUGGUAUUGACCCUGAAGUGACCUCACCAACCCAUCAGCUGCCACCCCCUCCCUCACCAUGUUUGAGUGCUGGGUCUCCUAUGGCCUCUCCCCUGAAGGGUCUAGGUGGGGAGGGAGGAGAGAGUGCAGAAGAUUCACUCCAGAAAAAGCACACCAGAACACGCUCAGACCCAUCGGCAAUUGGGGACUCUCUUCUAAAGAAGGGGGCUUCCAUUCGACGGAGUUUGCGACUUGUGGGGAAUAAGAAGGACAAGGCCCUCAAACAGGAGCAGCUCCAGCCUGUCACUGAGAUCACUGUGGAUGAGAAGAGAGAGAAGGAGAGGGUAGAGAUAAAAGAGUCAUACAUACUCCCAGAGAUACCCCUCACACCCCUCUCAGUGAUGCAGAUCAAUAAGCUGAUUGGGAUGGAGGUGCUGGAGGAGGCCUAUCUGAACCUCCUCUCCCUGUGCCAGGAGUUCCAGCAGGAGAGGGAGGAGUGCACGGAGGAGGCCUCCUCUAUGGAGCUGGCCAAGAAGGAGAAGGACCUGAGGCUCCUUUACAAUGCCCUGCUGGACAAGGUGAAGGAAAUAGUGCGGGACUCCAACUCCUUUCCCUCUCGCAACAAGGAUCUCUUGGUGCAUGUGGCCCAUGUCAUCCAGGAGGAGGAGAAGAGGGAGGCAGAGCCUGGGGUCGCGGGCAUGGUUGGGCCUGGGGGUUGGCGGGGGGCCUGGAGAGAGGCUGUGAGCGAGGGUGUACAGGCCACACUGAAGAGUGUUCACUUGGACAGGCCCGAGCAGAAUACCUCCUGGCUGGCUAUCCACCUGGGUAUGCUGGGCAAGGCCAUCGUGGAGGACUUGAAGAAGGUGAAGGGAGAGCUGCAAGGCUCUUACCCACCCAGCUUCAAUGUGUUCAGCACCUAUGUGAGCUGUUACCAUGGUGCUGUCAGCCAGCACCUGAAGAGGCUUCAGCAGCAGGUGACAGAUCUGAAGGACUACUACACCCUGCUGGACUGGAUCAUCAAUCACUAUGAGAGUGAGAAGGUAAUGAGUAGUCCUUCAUUGAGACCAGAGAUGGAAGCUGAGAACAUAGGCCUCUCCCUGGAGGAGGGUUUCCUGGACCAGCUCAAGGGGAAAUACUGCAUGCGGGCAAAGGAGGACAUGAGAGCUUCACUGGAUAAAAUAUUAGAGAUUGAAAAUGAGGACAUGUGGAUAAAGAAACAGGCACCAGAGACUGACGAUGAACACUUUUUUAAAUCUGACAUACACAUGGAUAUCUGGACGAAAGUUAAGAGCAAUGCUGUAAACUCCAAGAGGAUUGAUGCAGACCUGGAGAUGAGAAUAGUCUGUUCCUGCCUAGAAGAGUUACAGCAGUUUCCCAAGCGAUUUGAGAACGAAUUUAGGUACUGCUGUAACAGUAUGGAAAACCCUUCACUUUGGGCUGACUAUCAGAUAACCUACAUCAACAGCUUUAAAGCUCUUAAGGAGCACAUGGAGGGUUACAGAGAGAGCUGCCCGACACAGGUGGACCAUCUCAGCAGAGAGGUGGAUGGCUUGGUCCAUAGACUGGUCCAGGGCCUGGAGGACCAGUUUAAGAAUGAUGUCAGGCCUUACCUCAGGAGAAUGAUGACGAGGAAGUGGCUCUCCACAGAUGAGGACUUUCAACAGCUGUUGAGCAGGACAGAGAAGCUGGCCCAGCGCUGUUCACAAAUGAGACAUCCAUAUGUACAGAUGUUUGUGAGCAACUUGCACUACUAUGUGGUGAAAGAGUAUGUCUCCCAGCUGAUGAAAAACAACUACUCCUGUAAGAACAGGAAGCAUGACAAAGCAGCCACCAAGAUGAGGGUGCAGUGGGAUGAACUCAAUGAUUUGUUUGAGGAAAUGAAGACAACACAUGACUGGCUCCACCCAGUAGGAGACCACCUGAGUAACAUAAUUGGGGAAAAGAACAAGAGAGACAUAAAGAACCACCUGAAACAUUUAGUAGCGGACUACCCAGACAUCAGUAAGAAGCACCUAUCGUCCGUGCUGUACUUCAGGGGCUUGGUGCGGGGCAGGGAGAAGCGGGUAAUCCUGCAGUGUCUCACUGAGCUGAAGAAGAAACUAGGAACUGCAGGGAACACUGGAGAUAAAAAAAGAGGCCUCUUCAUUGAUAUGCAGGUCACCAUCACCAAUACAAACUGUCUGGCUGACAUGCCUUUCUCCUGCCUCUCCUCUCUCCUGCCAGACAGCUAAACUACAGGCCUAGAUACAAGAGCCUACCACAGAGAUGGUAACCUAACCAAGCUGUCUGAGAAGGCCUGAGGAGGCUUAUAAAGAACAUACUGUAGGAUUACCAGUAUGAUCACUACGCAAAAAGCAAACAUAGUCUAAUGAUUAUUUAAAUGUGAAUGGACCUUUACAUGGUAAAUCUUGUUCAUGCAGUCAGAGGUUAUUUAAGACACCUCAUUGAUUAAGCCUUCUUUUUUUAUAUAUUGUCACUUUAGCCCACUGUUGUUGCAAAAGAAAGCUGAGAACAUAAUUAAUAAUGGGCCUGAUGCUAAAUGAACUCCAUGGUCGGGCUCAAACUGUAUGUUCAGUGUUGAAUGAACUUUACCAUUGAUUUACCUAUUUUCAAGCUAUUCAAAUGUGUCGCUGCAGUGCACAUAUUACAUGUCAACAUAGAAAAGACUCCCUUAGAAAGUCCCACAGUCCACUGUCCUGUUGUUUUGUGGUCAAAACAAGGUUUCAAAAUAUCUGAUAAUGUCAUUUAACCACAAACAAAUACACGAAUACAAGUUUCUCCCGUUGUUAGGGAAGUGAGAGUUUUUGUUCCCCUCUAAUACUUUUUGGCCACAUUGACAGGGCAGCAUGCAACACAAAGGUUUGUACUCAUGUGUCUGCUGUCUAGUAUGAGUAUAGAUGAAGUCGAUCACAAUAAAUUCAUCCAACAUCAA